GCGGCGCCGCCGGGCGCGCCACUCGGCCCGACACCGACUCGGGCCCCACCCCGGGCGCGCCCGCGGGACACUCGCACUAUCCACGGCCGCCCGCACCGCUCCCGGGGCACCCGUGCCCGGCGGGCCCUCAGCCCUGGCUAGGCCUUCCGGCUUCUCUCGCUCCUCGGACUAGGCGGGCGCUCAUUGGCUCCCCCAUGAGAGGCGGGCUUCGUUCCCGCACUACUAUUGGCGGAGAAUCGCGCUGACUGGCAGCGGUUUCUACCAAUAGGAGGGCGGUGGCUGUGCUCCUGGAGCGCGGGCUGCAGCCUGAGGGCGGAGUUGGCUGUGGCUGAAGGGCGGGGCCGCGACCGGAGAUGGUCCGUGUCAGAGGCUGGGUGCGCGCUGCCCGGCGCCGUUGUUUCUGAGAAGAAGCGUUGGGCUGCGGGCGCGGCUCUCGUUCGAGCGGGCCUCGGGCGGCGCGCCUGUCACGCCCAAGUAACGCGAGUUCGCUGAGGCUAGUCCUUCUGCCAUGGAAGCUGAGGAAAAAAUGGAAUGCAUCCAGGAAUUCCCAGAACACUAUAAAGUUAUUUUGGAUAGAUUGAAUGAACAACGUGAGCAGGACCAGUUCACAGACAUCACUCUAAUUGUGGAUGGCCACCACUUCAAAGCUCAUAAGGCUGUUCUUGCUGCCUGUAGCCAGUUCUUCUACAGAUUCUUCCAAGAUUUCACUCAGGAGCCCUUGGUGGAGAUUGAAGGUGUAAGUAACAUGGCAUUUCGUCACCUAAUAGAAUUCACCUAUACAGCAAAACUAAUGGUCCAAGGUGAGGAAGAAGCAAAUGAUGUUUGGAAAGCAGCUGAAUAUCUACAGAUGUUAGAAGCAAUCAAAGCUCUUGAAAUCAGAAACAAAGAAAAUUCAUCACCCUUAGAAUCAAAUCAAACAGAAGGUAAAACUAAACCGAAAAAGAGGAAGAUAGCUGAGACAUCUAAUGUUAUCACAGAAUCUCUGCCAUCUGCAGAAUCAGAGCCUGUUGAAAUUGAAGUUGAGAUUGCUGAGGGAGCAAUUGAAGUGGAAGAAGAUAGCAUCGAGACACUUGAGGAAGUAGCUUCUGCAGAGCAAUCCAUAAAGUACAUACAGACAACGGGUACAUCCGAUGAAUCAGCUUUGGCUCUUUUGGCAGAUAUCACUAGCAAGUAUCGUCAGGGAGAGCGAAAAUGCCAGAUCCAAGAAAAAGUUGACAAUGCAGCUGAUCCUUCAUGCAAACAGGUAGAAGGUAUUGAAAUUGUGGAACUUCAACUGUCACACAUGAACAAUUUAUUCCACUGUGAGAAAUGUAACCGUUCAUUUAAAUUGUUUUACCAUUUUAAGGAACACAUGAAAACACACUCUACUGAGAGUUACAAGUGUGACAUAUGCAAUAAAAGGUACCUACGAGAGAAUGCUCUGAAACAGCACCUCACCUGUUACCACCUUGAUGAAGGUGGUGCCCCUAAGAAGCAAAGACCUGGCAAAAAAAUACAUAUAUGCCAGUACUGUGAUAAACAGUUUGACCACUUUGGACAUUUUAAAGAGCACCUCCGGAAGCACACAGGUGAAAAACCAUUUGAAUGUCCAAACUGCCAUGAACGUUUUGCUAGGAAUAGCACACUCAAAUGUCACUUGACAGCCUGUCAGUCUGGAGCUGGAGCUAAAAAGGGAAGGAAGAAGCUGUAUGAAUGUCAGGUUUGUAACAGCGUGUUUAACAGCUGGGAUCAGUUUAAAGAUCACUUGGUCAUCCACACUGGCGACAAACCCAACCAUUGUACUUUAUGCGAUUUGUGGUUUAUGCAAGGCAGUGAGCUGAGAAGGCAUCUAAAAGACAUGCAUAAUAUUUCAGAACGACUAGUGACAGAAGAGGUUCUUCCAGUGGAAGCUGUGGAAGGUGAACCAGUAACAUCAAUGACUAUAAUAGAACAAGUGGAGCAAGUUCAUGUCCUACCAGUAAUUCAGGUACAAGUGGAUCCUGCACAGGUAACUGUGGAACAGAUGCACCAGGAUCUCAUACAGGACAAUCAAGUGAAAGGCACACAGAUGGAUGAACUGCAAGAACAGGUGCAAAUUAGUUACCUGGAAGUUGAGCACAUUCAAACUGAACAAGGUGCUGAAGUUCAUGUGGAGCAGCUGCAUCUUGAUCAUGUAAAUCAAAUACAGAUGGAAGAAGUACAUGCAGAACUUAUAGAUGGCACUGACCUUGAACAAGCAGAAUAUGAAAGUGUUGACCAAGAAGAGCCAGGAGAAAAAGAACCUAGUCACAUAGAUGAUGCAGGUAAGGAAGUUCGUGAACAGGCUGAAGACUUAAAAACUCAACAGUUAGUGGAUAUAAAGAAUGAAAAGGCGGACAACUAGAACAAUUAACCACACUGUUCAGGUUCAGGAUUAUAAUACCAAAUUAUUUUUUGUUAACUUUUACGUUGAUUUUUGAACUGUCAGUGGUUGUCCUUCAAAUGCGCUGUCCUUUGGAAGCUGGACAAGUGGACCAAAGUUAGCUUUCUUCAUGUACAACUGAAAUUCUGUCAUACAUGAAAAAUAACUGUCAUUCAUGUAAUGCCACAGAACAGAAACUACCAAGAAAUGGGCAGCUUUGCAAAAAUUUUAAUAAUGAAUAGCUUGUAUUACUGUUAUACCAUCGCUGAUUAUAUGUAAGAAUAACUUCACCUCUUCUUGCCGUAGAAGUAAACUUGUUAUAGAUCUGCAGGGUGUCUGCAACAGAAGAAUUAGUAAAAUCUGGUGGCUUCUAAUACAAAUGAUCCAUCGGGUACCUGUGAAUUUUCUGGGCAGACUGCUUGCCGUCCACCCGCAGUGCUUUAUCUAACAGCAGUCCCUGCAUUUCUUUAUAUCAAGCUGGAUCUUCUGAACUUUCGUUCUGGGCAAAAACCAUUUUUGCUGGAGAUCUCGGAGCACAAAAAUUCUGUGCCUUUUCAACACUGACUGGUGGAAUUUCCACAAAGUUCCUGAAGUGUUCAGGAACCUAGUUCAGUAAAAGGCAAUGUAGGUAAUGUUAUAGUGCUUUAUAUUUUUGCUUGAAAUUAUCAUCUACUGAUUUUUUUGCAUUAAACUUACUAUGAGGAGUGUUGGGGGAGGAACCAAAUAACAUGGGGAUAAUAGAACACUCUAAAAGGGACACAUUAAAACAGGAAAAGCUCGUUAGAGUCUGCUAUAAACAUGAGCUGGAGGAAACCUACCAGAAGACUUUUCUUUUAUAAAUACUCAUUUUUGAAAGUGAACAUGUUUAAACAAAUACAGAGAAGACUUGUCUAUAUGGUAUCGGAUUCUUGGUUGCUUGGUUUUCUUGAAAUGAAGUUCUGACACUUGACACAAAGACAUUGUGCUAAAAAUAAAAAGAAAAAUAAAAAGCCAUAGGUAUGAGUGCUAAACUGGGGAUUGAAAAGGAGGAGUAUAAGCAUUUUGCUCAAUAUUACACAAUAAAACAAUACCAACCGUGAAAUGUUGCACUAUUUAUCCUCAUCCAAUAAAGCAGGAACAGUGGAGUGACUGGCGAUUACGGUGUCAGAUCUCAGUGUAAACAAUCAAUCUCAUUAUAGUAAUGGGCUAUUAAUUUAAUUUAAAAAGUUAAGUUUGUUUAGAAAGUAUUUGUCUAGUUCUGUGUUCAGCUGUGUUAAGGACUCCUAAUUCUCAAAUACUGCCUUGAGAUUAGAGUUCUAUGCUUCUGAAGAACUUUCUUUGCAAACCCUUAAGUGAAGGGCUUUCAAAGGAAGUUCUCUAAUGCACUUAGUAAUUGUCUAGCUCUUAGUUAAAAUCAAGCUUUUCAAUUCUGUCUUCUCCGAAGGCAGGAUUAUUUCCUGAAAUUUGUGCUUUUAUUUAGUGUCAUUCAGAAUGAUUGUUGUGUUUUAUCUUAUCGAUUGAGAAACUGUUGCAAAACAAACAGGGAUCUCAAUUAAAAUUCCCAACAAUUUGAUUAACGUAACUUGUAUUUUUGUCUUGGCUUGUGAACAGCUGAAUUUAUGCAAAAUAACACUGAUCAGAAUAAAGCGAUAGGGUCUGGAAAAGAGGGAGUGAACAGAAACACAUGAGGUGUGGCUGGAUUUUACAAUGUGAACGUGAAAACAGACUGGCGUUAGGAGUAGAAUUCUGGUUUUAUUUGCAGUAUCAACUAAAAGCCAAAACUAUUUCUGAAAGUAGGACAGUGAGAGGAAAAUAAUGGAUGGAUAGUUUGAGAGCUGCUGAAUUAUUCAGACGCCAUAAGAAAGGAUUAGCUGCUGUUUUGGAAAGCAGUUUUCCCGAGCAGAAGAAAAUUUAAUCGGCAGGCUCAUGGGAGUAAAGUCUGAUGUCAUUCCUGUGCAGAACAGUCACUGGAGUAGGACUUUGCAGCCUCUGCUCUGGUUUGUCUGCCUGGGCAGAACUUCCAGCCAGCUAAUUGUGCAGGAUAUGGAACUGCUACUGAGAUUCUGUUAUUUGUUAUUAUGUCAAAUCCUUGAUAUUGCAUUUAUAAAAAAUGUUUAAUUUGAUUGUUUAAGGACUGAAGAAUUUCCCCAGAGAGACUGUUAUGAAAGCACAACAGGCAAUUGGAUUUUUUGCUGUUGUUUCUAACAAGUUUGUACUUAAACUACAGUGUAUGUUGCAAAUGCUUUUAAGAUGAAAGUAACCUGUUGGUAAAGUACCAAUAUUCUGUAGUUUUUGGAGCUGAGCUACAUUUUUUGUAGCAGUUGUUUUUUGUCAGAUGGUCGCCAGUUGCAGCAGGAGAUGGAGCGUUCUCUCUGACCCAGCAGCUCACACCGACAUGGAGUCUGUCUGCGCGCACAUCCUAAGGAGGGCUUUGCCCGCGCCGCGAGGUGGUUGUGCAGCUCUCUGCUACGUUUUGCCUGUCAGGUUUUGUAUUCUGUUCUGUUUCCUCAGCGGGAGCCUUGACAUCUAUAAAACGUUUCUGCUUGA